AUGUCCUCCUAUGGACAGCUGCUUAGCUCCCGCUGUGCUGCACCAUGUGAAGUGACGUGUCCACAACCCUACGUCAACUGCUGCAACGAGCCGUGUGUCAGCUCCUGCGGAGAUUCGAGAGCCAUCGUUUAUGCACCACCCGUUAUUGUCACUUUCCCAGGACCCAUCAUCAGCUCAUGCCCUCAGGAAAGUUUUGUGGGAACUGCCAUCCCUGAACUUGAGGGAGGUGGGGGAAUUGGCUCUGGAGGUGGAGGUGGCGGAAUUGGCUCUGGAGGUGGAGGUGGGGGAAUAAGCUCUGGAGGUGGAGGAGGAGGCUCAUGUGGUGAAGGCUCAUGUGGUGGUGGUGGAAUGUACCGUUUGGGAAACUUUUACCGAAACUCCUACUUUUCAGGGUUUGGUAGAAAUUAUUUCCCCUUUUCCAGAGGGUAUUACAGAUAUCGCUAUGGCAGCUGUGGGCCAUUUUAA